AUGAUUAAACAGAGACUUAUUGAGGCUUUACGUGCUCUAGAACUGCCGGUAGAUGAGAUAGAAUCUGUCCCCGCUAUAGGUUUACUAAACCCGGUAGUCCUUACCGUUUUGAUUCUCGAAUUUAUUGAUUUAUUGCCCCCAGAAAAGCAGAUCAAAAUCCUACACAAACAGCCCGUAGAGUCUCUGUUAAAUAACAGAAGGAUCAUCUCUGCGUUAGACUUCCUCUGCCUGUAUGAUUGUAUGGCUUCAAGCAAGAUUUCCCUGACACCCGUCCCACCAAUCACCACGAUACAAUCUUUCGCGGAUUUAUAUUCUAAAAUUAAGGAUUUUCUCCGACGAAUGUGUUACCUGGUGGAGGGCAUCAUUGCCGGGAGUGCUCUUUUUCCCAUGCAAAAUACCCUGACAGAGACUGACGCGCAAGCAGCCAAGGUUGAGGAAAACCUACUUGGAUUGUCUCCUCUUGUUUACUGUGUAAAAACUAAUAAUGCAGCUACGAAUCCAGUUAUAACUAACGAGUCGUUCUUGGAAGACAGUCCUGCCAGAACCAGAAUUGGCAAAUCGUUUGAAUUCAUAUUUACGGAGCAGGAAAUUGAAAACUUUUCGUACAAAGAUUAUAACAGUCUACCAUUCAAACUAGAAAAAUAUAUUUAUGAACUCAAUCUGGCUGUUCUGCGGCGGGUUGGUGUCUGCACUGCACCUCAUGACAUACACUUUUCCUUCCAUUUGACAACGACUGUAUGCCAGGACAACAAUAUGAAAGACACUGGCACAUACUAUGUUCCACUCCACAGUCCUGCACCAAUCAUAUUACAGCCAGAGAGUUUGACAUUUGACCAGAUAGAGCCUGAACUGAUAGAGAUCUCUCGGUUGCGAAACGCUUCAGAUGAGGAGGAAGAUGAAGAGGAUGCUGAUGUUACUACGCCCCGCGAGCGCAUUCUUAUACAGGCCAAGCAGAUUGAAGAGCAGAUAGAGGUACUCAACCCAUCAUAUACAAAUGUCGGUUCUGAAAAUCCUUUCUUUAACACACAUGCAACAAACACCACUAGCUCCUCAGGCCAAAUGUGGCAGAAAGUUUCUAGUGAGACGGACGGGAUCACCCUCAGUCUACUACCCUCCUCAACAGACGCGAAGCCAAGAUGGCUUGUAGAUAGCUCGACACAGCUCAAUACUAUGGGAAAUGGAGAUAGUCUGCGGCAUGAUGGGGACCUGUACGAGACUUUUGAUAGAGACAAAGAUGGAGUGGGCGCCCAGAACAAGUUUUCUCACCUAUCUGUUACAGCAUCAGACAAGGUCUAUGAGGUAUCACCAAGCAGCAGUCAGCACAACUCUUUCAGAGCAAGUCUAGAGGACAACAAGUCCUGCUCUUAUUCUCAGUCUCAGAGUACAUCUAACAACAGUGGGCAAAGUCCACACAUAUAUGCCAAUGAUGAAGAUGCUUCCUUGGCUCCGUCGCGUGUUACCUUUAAUGAGGCCGUAGAAGUUGAUCCAGGGAGAUGCUAUAGGUUAAAGCCUUUUGACGAAAUGCAAGACGUAAUUAACAGCAUAGCACUAAUGAAUAAUAUGUCUGUUCACAUCCAUGAACUAGAAGAGAAGGUGUCGUCUCUAUUGAGUGAAAAUGACAAGUUACUGAAUAGAUAUACUCUUGUGGUCAACGAACACGAGCAUGAAAAGGCUGCACUAAACGCGUCAUUGAAUGAGGCUCUACAGAAGAUAAGAACUCUUGAAGCUAAGGUUUUAGAGUUAGAAAUUAAACAGUCUAGUGACGCGUACUUUACCAAGCUCUCUGUUAGUACGCAACCUCUAGCUCAAAAAACUAAUCCUGAAACAGCCAGGUCCCUCACAGCACACCCACAGCGCACGCGACAUUUCCCCGAGAUCAGCUUUUCCCCUGUGGCAAGUGACGCUGCCGUACAAAACAUAUCAAUAAAGGGACAGCGAGACAUAACGUGCAAUACUGCAGGUGUUUCUGUUACUGCCGUAGUCGCACAGCCCAUAGACAAUUCCGCAAUACAUGACACACAUGCAAUUCAGCACCCAAUCUCAGAAGCAAAUCUAGAGCUCCACGACCUGGACCUUGGCUGCAGUCUUGCUUCAACACCAGCACGUCUGCAGACACACCAUCCCUCCACUGCACUAGAUCCCUUGGCCCUAUCCACUUCAAAGCAGAUUGACUUGUUUUCCAGUCAUGAGCAUACUCUUGCAGCUCAACGUCCAGGUCUCUUCUCAAACAUGCAGCGUUUGAAUGUAACGCCCAUGAAGUCGGCUGAAAGGCGAGAGCGCCGUUCAGAAAGUUUUGACGGCAGCAGCCAGCACUUGAAGAAGUCAAGGAAGCCACGUACUGCCUCACACAGCCGCGAGAAAAAGGAUGUAUCUACUAAUGCAAACUCGGCUUUGGUGAAGGAGAUGCUUGAGAAAAUACUCAGCAGCAGCUCCAUACAAAAUAAGGCAUAUCUGGCCGGAGCCAAUCAAGUCAAGGCAGAGACCCUAUCGUCUCAAAUUCGGUCAUUGUCAAUAGAAAGAGAAGCACCCAUGAAGCCACCUGGAUCUCCAACAAGCAGUGUUCGGAGGCUCAGACACGCGUCGGCCAUUACUCGUAGUAAUAGGCAGUAA